AUGUUCGAAAGUGCCGGCAAGUUCUUUGCUGAAGAGUUCAAGAAGUGGCUACCCGAUUCUUUUGUGUUUGCCAUCUUGCUGACCAUUCUCUUCGCGCUACUGUCUAUUUUCUGGGUAGACGCCUCUCCCAAUCUGGUCGUUGAUAGCUGGUACAAAGGUUUCUGGCUGAUGCUGGAGUUUGGCAUGCAGAUGGUGCUUAUCCUGGCCACCGGCUCCGCCAUCGCCCUCUCGCCGCCUGCUUCGCGUUUGGUUGACUUCCUGUCCCAACAUAUCAAGACACCCACGGCCGUUUAUGUCUCCGUCUUUGUGAUCAGUAGCGUCCUGGUGCAGAUCAGUUGGAGUUGGACUGUGAUUGUGGCGGUGCUGGCCCGUGAGCUGGCCAAGCGGGUGGGAGGUAUCGACUACGCCUACCUGGUGGCGGUCGUCUAUUUCGCCAGCGGCCCUUGGGUCUGCGGCUUUUCCAGCUCUAUCCCGCUGCUGUUGAACACCGAAGGCAACUUCCUCAUCGCCGCCGGUUUGCUCAGCGAGACCAUCCCCCUCGAGUCCACCCUGUUCAGCCAACUCAACGGCCUCAUGUUGUCCUGCUUCGUGUUCAUUGGCCCUUUUGUGAUGUUGGCCAUGCGCCCCAAGAAGCGGGUCGUGGAGAUGAAGGACCUGAUGAUGGAAGAUUUUCAGGGCGUCGUCCCCUCCGUGGCCGAAGAAGCCGAGAGUUACAAGCUGGCCCGGCCUACCCUUUCCGACGGCCUGAACUUCAGCACUAGUCUGCAAAUGAUCAUCGCCUUGAUGGGUGUGUGGGCCGUCGUGAACCAUUUUCGAGACAAAGGGUUUGAGAUCGAUCUCAACAUCAUGAUCUUCAUGUUCAUUGUGCUGGGUCUAAUCUUCCACCUCAAGCCCAUGCGCUACCUGGUGGCCAUGCGCCGGGCCUGUUCCAACAUUUCGGGCAUUGUCUUUCAGUACCCUUUCUACGCGGGCAUCAUGGGCAUCAUGAUGUUCACCGGUCUGGGCCAGCAAAUGUCGGUAUGGAUGGCGGGGUUCGUGAGCCUGAAGAUGCUGCCCUUCGCGGCCUUUAUCCUGGGCGGCAUGGUCAAUUUCGCCAUUCCGUCGGCAGGUGGGGAAUGGGCGGUCAUCGGCCCGGCCCUAGUGGAGUCGGCCCACCAGCUUGGCGCCGGCAUGAGUCCGGACCAGAUGACCGAUUACAUAGCCCGCAUCGCCAUGGCGGUGGCCUACGGCGAAUCGUUGACCAACUCCCUGCAACCCUUCUUCCUGCUGGUGAUCCUACCCGUCCUGGGGGCCGGAGUCAGAAUUCAAGCCCGCGACGUGAUGGGCUAUGUCUUCGUGCCCUUCCUCUUCUUCCUGGUCUUAGAAUCCCUGCUUAUCAUCUUCGUGCCGGUGUGA